UCAAACACACAGCUAUGUCCUCGCCAUGGUUCGCCGAUCCGGCACCCGGCUUCGGUCCCUCCCAUCUCGCAGACAAGUUCGACGAGCUGGAUGUUGGCGAAGAAGAGAAAGGCAGCGUGCCUGUGGAGGCCGAAGGGGUGGACAUUCCGCCGCCGGUGACGUCAUUUCAGGAGAUGAGAUUCUCGGCCAAGUCCUUGAACGACAACAUACGGCGCUGCAACUACGUGAAGCCGACCCCUAUCCAGAGCCACGCCAUUCCGGUCGCCAUGAUCGGUAGGGAUUUGAUGGCGUGUGCUCAGACGGGAUCUGGGAAGACUGCCGCCUUCUGUUUCCCUAUUAUCAACGCUAUUGUGGUUGAUAAGACGCGGAUGACCAUACGCCGUAUUUCCGCCGGCGCUACGGCUUUCCCUGUCGCGCUCAUUCUGGCUCCCACUAGGGAGCUGUCCUGUCAGAUUGAUGAGGAGGCCAAAAAGUUUUCGUAUCAAACUGGAGUCAAAGUGGUGGUUGCUUAUGGUGGAGCUCCUAUUUUUCAACAGUUGCAAAAUCUGGCAAGGGGUGUGGACAUCUUGGUUGCUACUCCAGGCCGACUUGUAGACCUGAUCGAAAGAAGGCGAGUGUCCCUUAAGAAUGUCAAGUAUUUGGCAUUGGAUGAAGCUGACAGGAUGCUUCAUAUGGGCUUUGAACGCCAAGUGCGCAGGAUUGUUCAGCAGUCGGGGAUGCCUCCACCAGGUGCAAGGCAGACUAUGCUUUUCAGUGCAACAUUUCCAGCUGAAAUUAAGAGGCUUGCAUCAGAUUUUCUAUCCAACUACAUAUUUCUAGCUGCUGGAAAGGUUGGUUCUAGCACCACUCUCAUUAUUCAAAGAGUUGAAUAUGUCCCUGACAUGAAGAAACGAGAGUAUCUGAUUAAUCUUCUCACUUCCCAAAUCACUGAGGGUGCUGGUUUGACACUGAUCUUUGUAGAGACGAAGAGAGGAGCAGAUGCACUGGAACGUUGGUUGUGCAGGCAAGGUUACCGCUCCGCUGCUAUCCAUGGCGACAAAGUGCAAGUGGAGAGAGAGCGUGCAUUG